AUGUUGUUAAACAGAUAUAAUCAGUUUCCAAGUAUAUAUAAAAUCUAAAUUUAGCUAGCAGUAAUUAAAAUAUAUUAAAAUACUUCUCAUUGCAUAUUCUUAAUGAUUAUAUUGAUUGUUUUAAUAUAAACAAAGGCAAAGCUUUUGAAGAUGAUAAAUUCAAUUAAUUAUCAGGAUAAAUGUAUCAUAAAAUAUUUGGAAUUAAUCCUGCCUAUUUUAUUACUGAACUAAAUUCUGAAUUUGAUGUGAUAAUAACUAAGAAAUCUUCAAGAGCAUUAUAUUUGUUAGAAUAAUGGAAGAUUAUAUAAUCAGAAUAAAAAUAUCAUUAAAACACUGAUUUAAAUAUUUAUUUGCCUGAAUAUGUCUAAUUUAAACAUAGUAGUUUAAUCGAAACAUUUUUAAAUGAUGGAUAAAAUAAAUACUACUAAUAAUAAAAUUUAUCAUUUUUAAAGCAAUAAGAUAAAGUAAUGUUGCCUAUUUAAAUAAUGAUAAGUAUGAAUUAAACAAAUUAUGAUAAAUUCUCCUUUCUUACAUUUUUUUAUGAAUCUUAAGACUAUAGAUCAUAUUUAGUAGUAGAUAAGCAUUUUGAAAUCAUGAAUAUAAGUACCAACAUUUCAGACAGCUUAUCUAUGAAUGAAUCUAAAGGUUAUUAAUAUAAUAUAACUAAAAUAAUACCUAAUUUUUAAUAACUUGUAUCCACACAUUAACAUUAAUUUUAUAAUUAGGAAAUUAAGUUGGUCAAGGACUAUAAUUAUUCAAAAAUCCCAAGUUCUUUUACUGGUAAUAUUAAAAUUGAGAGAAAAUUUGAGAACCAACAUAAGUGUUAUUUUGUAGAAUUAGAUACUAUAAGAGCAAUAUCAAAGAAAAUUUAAGGAGAGAACUCUCCUAUAUUUAUGUAGUCAUUGACUUAAUUUCCCGGAUCAACUUAGAAGAUACUCAACGUAAAUAGUGAAAUUAAUAACUCAGAAGAUAAGAUGAUUCCUUAUUUUGAUAUUGAUACUCAUCCUAUUCCUGAAAAUUCAUUAUGUAUAAUUUAAUAAGAUCAUAUUCGAUAAACAAUCAAUUAAACUGAUACAAAUUUGGUUUGCACUUUAUAAAUGGUUGAAAUUGGAAAGAGUCACAAUGUAUUUGAACCGUUAUCAUAAAAAAGAUUAUUACAUAGUUCAAAGUAUUCUCAUGAUGAAGAUAUGAAAAAAUAGGUAAAUAAAAUUGCUGAAGAUGAUGAAUUUCUUGAAAUCGGAUCUACGUCAUCAGUUUCUGCAAUUAGAAGAUCAAAAUAUUAUAAAAAAUUUGAAAUAAUUACAAUUUUAAUGAAGUCGAAAAAGUAAUCUUAGAAAAUAAUAAAAAUGAAUAAAUUUAUUUUUUUAUAUACAAUAGUAAUAUUCCUAGGAUUAAUAAUUGUAAAAUAUUUAUUUUAUUUAAUAGCAAAUCUUAAUGAUUGAAAAUUUAGAACAGUUUGUAGAGGAUAUCAAAACAUUAUCAAUAAGAUAUGAUGUUGUAGAACCCUAUGAAUCUUUUUAUGUUUCAAGAUUUUCUUAAGUUAAUUAUAGAGAGUAAUUAAGUGGAGGAUUUAUAAAUGCUAGUGUUUAUGCUUAAUUGACAAAAUAUCCAUUCUCCACUUUUGAGUUCAUGUAUGAACAUUUGAGAGAUAGUAUGUAUAGUGUAUUAGAAAGAAGGGAGAUUGAUUAAUUAUCUAAGGAUUAGUAUAUAACAAUCUAUUUUUUGAAUAAUUCUUAUGUGGGUUAUAGUAGGAAUGUGACUAUAAGAUCAUUAUCUAAUAUCUUGAUGAAUUAUUAAUAUGAUUUUAAGCUGGGAUUAACUAUUCGUAAUGUGGCAUUUGAUAGUCCAUUUUUUUAUUUUACAAGUAAGAAUUAUCUAACAAUUAAACAUACAUUUGAUGGUUUAAAUAAAAUAGUUUUAGAUUCCACUUUGUAAAGAUCAAAUUUAGAAAGAGAAAAAUGGUUAUCAGUAUUACUACCAUUUAUCAUAAUAAGUUUUUUGUUAUGUAUAAUAAUAAUAAAUAGUUAUCGAGAGUAUAAUUAAAUAAUGAAUUCAAUAUUUUAAUAUUUAAUGGAUUUGGAUCAAUAAAUAUUGGAUGAUGAAAAAAAGAGACUAUAAAAACAUUUGAGUAUAAUUAAUAAUGAAAUAGAGAAAGUAAAAAAGUUUGAAUUUGAUAUUGAUGCUAUUGAUGUUGAACUGGAAGAAUCCAAUAAUUAAAUCAAUAGAAACAAUGCAAAAAGAGAUGUUAAAAGAUUCAAAAUAACUAAUAAUUAUUUAAGGACAACAGCUACAAUAGCAAUUAUUCAUAAUUUUUUAUUCUUGACAUUUUAUGUAGUGAUAUUCUUUUUGAUAAAGAGAUAUUUUGAGAAAUAUGAUUAAACUGCUAUUAUUUUUCAAAGAAUUAGUGAUCUUGGAGUUGAUAUACCAACUUUAUAUGCAUAAAGAGAAGUUUUAUAUAGAAGAAAACUAAGAUACUUUUUUUUAACGAAUGAAGAAAUAGAUGGUGUAUAUGAUGUAUUUUUUUAGGCAUAUAAUAAAGUGGAGGAGUUUUCUUAAUUAAAUAUAGAUUUAAGUUCUAUUAAUUAUUUGUUUGAUGAAAAUUCAGUCAACUUUUAUAAAAGCAUUAGUACAGGAAAUUUAUGUGAAUUUUAAACUGAUUAAUUUAAAGAAUUGUCAAAUUCUACUUGUGAAUUAGCAAUGAAUGGAAACUUACUUAAAGGAUUAUCGCAAAUCUUACCAUAUAUUUUAUACACUUUAAAAACUUAAUAAUUUGAUAGCAAAAAUUUUACAAUUUUACCUACAAACACAAGACUUGAAUUAGAAGGAGCAACAAUUAUAGGUAAUGUUAUGUCAACUGUAAUAUCUGAACUCUAUGAUAAUUUACUAAUUUCGUGUUUAAAGCUGAUUAAUUUCACUUAAAUCCCUUGUAUCAUUUUUUUAUUGUUUCAGGUCAUUUGUAUACUAUUUUACAUAAUAGUUAUGAAUUAGAAACAUAAAUAACAAUUUUAGGCAAUUAAAUAAUCUAUAUUUUUAUUUCCUAGAUAGACAUUAAUAUUUGAUGAUUAAUUUUAUAGGAAUUUUAGAUCAAUCAUAAAAGAUGAGGGAAUUUAAUAAUGA